CGCUGGGACAGCUGCUCCCGCACACGGCUCGCGGUCUCGGCGCCGCGGAGAUGCCCGGCCGGGGUCCGGGGUCCGACUGGACGGAGCGUAGCUCUUCUGCAGAGCCGCCCGCAGUGGCCGGGACCGAGGGUGGCGGCGGCGGAUCAGCUGGAUACUCUUGUUACCAGAAUUCCAAAGGUUCUGAUAGAAUCAAAGAUGGAUACAAACUGAACUCACACAUAGCUAAGCUGCAAGAGUUAUGGAAAACUCCCCAAAAUCAAACAAUCCACCUCCCUAAAUCAAUGAUGGAGGCGUCCUUUUUCAAGCAUCCAGACCUCACCACAGGCCAGAAGCGUUACCUGUGCAGCAUUGCUAAAAUCUAUAAUGCAAACUAUCUGAAGAUGUUAAUGAAGAGGCAGUACAUGCACGUACUUCAGCACAGCUCACAAAAGCCAGGUGUCCUCACUCAUCACAGAAGCCGCCUUAGCUCCCGUUACUCACAGAAACAGCAUUACCCUUGCACUACAUGGCGACAUCAACUGGAGAGAGAGGACUCGGGGUCUUCUGAUAUCGCAGCUGCAUCUGCACCUGAAAUGCUCAUACAGCAUUCCCUUUGGCGGCCAGUGAGAAACAAAGAAGGGAUAAAAACUGGAUAUGCAUCUAAAACAAGAUGUAAGUCACUGAAGAUUUUUAGAAGACCAAGGAAACUGUUCAUGCAAACAGUUUCUUCAGAUGAUUCUGAAUCAUACAUGAGUGAAGAAAAAAAGGAAGAAGAUUUACUAAAUAAGUUUAUGCAAUCAAUGUCAAUUGAAGAACAGGGAGAACAUCUGAUGUUAACUUGACAGUCUUGUCUCGUGUAUUGAAUUCGUGCCAAAGGUGAGGGUAAGGGGUUGUGAGUUGUGUCCUGUAUGUUUAGGAUGGUAUUGUUAUUUAUUAAAUCAUUAAGUAAUUUUGGUUUGUUCAGAAACUUAAAACAAUGUAAUUGGUCUGAUGUAGUUCCAUGUACCAAUGAUAGUUAUGUAAGAAAAUUUACAUGUAACAUAUACUUGUACUUCUAGCUAGAUACAAUUAAAACUUUUCUUGCAUUCAA